UUAUGUCCUAUUUGCCGCAAGAUGGUAAAUUUUCUAAUUAUGUCACGUCCAAUAUAAGUCAUUUUGCUAAUUAUUACAAAUUUUUAUUUGUUUUCACGUCAAUUUACAAAAUAAUUUUAUUCGUAAAUUUGAGCAGUACAAAGUCGACCAAAAAAAUCUAUGUUAUUUAUUAUUAUUAUGUAAAACUCGACGUUUGUAUUCUUACCCAUUAUCUGUCAUUACGACUUAAGUAUAUGUUUGUAAUUUUAGUAUCAUAUUAGCAUACCGUCUUAUAAAAUUGUUUGUCAUUUAAAUUGUAUAUUACAGAGUUAAUUUAAUAGAAAAUUCGAG